UUUGUAAACCCUACUAUAUAGAGGAAGCACUCGUUGAGUUGAAUCUCUUCAUCAACCUUAUUAGGGUUUCGCUCGCUAAGAAGCUUAUAAGCACCGAACAGAUUCACUGCUCAAAUUCUUGAAAACAUGGCGACCCAAAUCAGUAAGAAGCGAAAGUUUGUUGCAGAUGGUGUUUUCUAUGCGGAGCUAAAUGAGGUACUGACUAGAGAGCUGGCUGAAGAUGGCUACUCUGGUGUUGAAGUUAGGGUUACUCCCAUGCGCACUGAGAUCAUUAUUAGGGCUACUCGUACCCAGAAUGUUCUUGGUGAGAAGGGAAGAAGGAUCAGGGAGCUGACAUCUGUUGUUCAGAAACGAUUCAAGUUUCCUGAGAACAGUGUGGAACUCUAUGCUGAGAAAGUUAACAAUAGGGGCCUCUGUGCAAUUGCACAAGCUGAGUCUCUGCGUUACAAGCUCCUUGGAGGCCUUGCUGUUCGGAGGGCUUGUUAUGGUGUCUUGAGAUUUGUAAUGGAAAGUGGGGCAAAGGGAUGUGAGGUUAUUGUGAGUGGAAAGCUCCGAGCUCAGCGUGCCAAGUCCAUGAAAUUCAAGGAUGGGUACAUGAUCUCCUCUGGUCAACCUGUUAAAGAGUAUAUUGACUCUGCUGUCAGGCAUGUUCUUCUGAGACAGGGGGUGCUUGGUAUCAAGGUGAAGAUCAUGCUUGACUGGGAUCCUAAAGGCAAGGUGGGUCCAAUGACCCCAUUGCCUGAUCUGGUCACCAUCCAUCCCCCCAAGGAAGAAGAAGAGUAUGUUCCACCACCAGUGAUGACUGCCAAUAUUGAGAUCCCAGUUGCAUAAAUUUUGAAUUACUAAAUUAAGUCUGUAGCACAGGUUUGGUAGUUUUUCUGUUUUGUCUGAUAUAUUUAGGAGACAUACUAAAUUUUGUAUUAACCAGUGCUUAGUUUUUGCUUGCUUCUGUUAGCAUCUCAAGUUUGUUUCAUGGUAGUGAGUAAUCAGUACGAGUUGUGGGUAUUUUCUUCACAUGUUUUUAUUGCUAGGAAUGAUACAGGUUUCAAUGUAUUCGUUUAGUGUUUUUUGGUCAAUAUUGAUCAGGGAAAUUUACUAAUUACUCCUUGUACUUUGUCACUAAUAAUGAUUUGGUCCUAGUGUUUUUGAAAA